AUGAGCGCUGCAAUGGCGACGGCAAUGGCCUCGCGCGUCACCCAAUACGUCUCCGUCUCUGGAGCAGUGGUAUAUUAUUAUGAUUUUAUACUCACCAUUGACGCUGAGCGACAACUUUUCUGGCGAAUUGGAGGCAGCUGGAUCGUCCGUAUAGUCUUUAUCCUUACGCGAUAUCUGCCAGCUAUUGGCUUGCCGCUCGGUCUACUUCGGACAAACCAUUCGUGGGACAUUUAUCAGACCCAACGUAUGAACUCCAUUGUCUUUUUUCACGUAUGA